CCUUGCACGAAUUCUUUUCAUGGGGUAAUUUUCUGAGUCUCGCUCGUUUACAGUCCUGGGCGUGUGAGCGUGGUGGCGAAAUGGAAGACAUAGAGGAUUUGCUGGUUGGGAGUGGCGGCGGCGGUGUUCCUCCAGGUUUUCGGUUGCCUCUGAAUGCGGUUGGCGUUAAACCCAAGAAGAAUAGGAACAAACCUAACCUGAGUGAGGACAAGCGUCCGCAAAUCAAUGACCUGCUUGCUCCUCCUUCCUCCAAAAUCCCUGGCACCGAGACGAUAUAUAUCAAGACUUUUGGAUGCUCUCAUAACCAGAGUGACAGUGAAUAUAUGGGUGGCCAACUUUCCGCAUUUGGGUAUGCAUUAACAGAGAAUUCUGAUGAGGCAGAUCUUUGGCUGAUAAAUACAUGCACUGUAAAAUCCCCUAGUCAGUCUGCCAUGGAUACUCUGAUAUCCAAAUGUAAACUUGCAAAAAAGCCCCUGGUUGUGGCUGGGUGUGUGCCUCAGGGAAGUCGAAAUUUGAAAGAACUAGACGGAGUUAGUAUAGUCGGAGUCCAGCAAAUUGACCGUGUAGUUGAGGUUGUUGAAGAGACCUUAAAAGGACAUGAGGUGCGGCUUCUAAACCGCAAGACAUUGCCAGCACUUGAUCUCCCAAAGGUGAGAAAGAACAAGUUUGUGGAGAUUCUUCCAAUUAAUGUUGGUUGUUUAGGUGCAUGCACUUAUUGUAAGACAAAGCAUGCUCGGGGUCAUUUGGGAAGCUACACUAUUGAGAGCCUUGUAGGGCGUGUAAAAACAGUCAUUGCUGAUGGAGUUAAGGAGAUAUGGUUGAGCAGUGAGGAUACUGGAGCUUAUGGCCGUGACAUUGGGGUUAACCUUCCAACUUUAUUGAAUGCUAUUGUGACAGAACUUCCUCCAGAUGGAAGUACUAUGCUUCGAAUUGGGAUGACCAAUCCGCCCUUUAUUCUGGAGCACCUUAAAGAGAUAGCAGAGGUUCUGCGACACCCGUGUGUAUACUCCUUUCUUCAUGUUCCUGUGCAAUCUGGUAGUGAUGCUGUUUUGAGUGCAAUGAAUCGGGAAUACACUAUUGCCAAGUUCAGGACUGUGGUAGAUACUUUGACUGAACUAGUACCAGGGAUGCAGAUUGCAACAGAUAUAAUAUGCGGAUUCCCAGGUGAAACAGAUGACGAUUUUUCUCAAACUGUUAGCCUUAUAAAGGAGUACAGGUUUCCUCAAGUUCAUAUUUCACAGUUCUAUCCUAGACCAGGGACACCUGCUGCAAGGAUGAAAAAGGUUCCAAGUACCAUAGUGAAGAAGCGGAGCCGUGAAUUGACAUGUGUCUUUGAAGCUUUCACACCAUAUGAUGGAAUGGAGGGCAGGCUAGAAAGGGUUUGGAUAACGGACAUUGCAACGGAUGGGAUUCAUUUGGUUGGGCACACCAAGGGAUAUGUGCAGGUACUGAUAAUUGCUCCUGAAAGUAUGCUAGGUGCUUCAGCUAUUGUGAAGAUAACAUCCGUUGGAAGAUGGUCAGUUUUUGGAGAAGUAAUUGAGACUCUAAACCAAAUAAAACGUAGAACUGCUUCUGAGAAGAGAAUGUCUGCUCAGGAAAAACAUUCUCUGUGGUCCGAAGAAUAUAAGACUUCUGCAUGUGUAAAAGAACCCGAAUCGUGCACUUGUGUAUCAGGAAGCUGUGGAGCAGAAAUAAACGGGGAAAGGGCUAUUUCACAAGGUGAAGUGGUACUGAAAGACCGAAAUCAGGGAAAUCUGUUUGCAUGGCUAGUGAGGAAACGGAAGACUCAGGUGCACAAAAGAGUGGAGGAUGGCUUAGCCUCGGGAUCCGAGGAAAAGCAUGAAUGGGACCGAGGAGCCAUUGGUCAGUGGGGUGUUAUUGACAAGGCUCUGCUGGGUGGGAUGCUCUUCAGCUUAUUCACAGUUGUGGUUUUACUAAUAUAUCCUAGUUUUAGCACGCUGCCAUCCAACUGAACAUGUUUUUUGUGCCCUACCAUUGCAUUUGAAAAAAAAAAUGAAGGAGUUUCUUAGUUGAGGGUUGUCUUGAGGUGUAGCAUAUUGGAAAAUUUCUGUUGUUGUAGAAACAGUUUUGCUGCUUUUGCAGGUAUUGUUGGCGCCAAUAUCAAGGUAUCUUGAUGCUCUUUCUCAUUUCGAGUAUUUGCUUA